GAAUUGAGUCGUUGUUCUACUGUCGUCGAGAUUGCAACACAACAGUCAAACAGAGUUUAUUUUCGGGUGCGUCGCUGUUUUUUCCUCAAACAACAACAAAGAAUUUAAGAAAAAUUAACCAAAAAAAUUAGAAAACAAGAAUACCUAUCACUAAAAAAAAAAUCAAGCCCCAGCCUACCAAAAACCAACAACCAUCCAAGCGUUGCCGUCUGCCUGUUCGAAGAAGUAGAGCAAUUGCGUAUCGGUGUACGUAAAGAAAUCGACAAAAUCCCACAUAAUCGCCCAGAAAACAAAAAAAAAAAAAAAGAAUUCCCUCGGUCUAUUCAAAUCAAAUCAAUUUUUCGUGGUGUUCCAUAGAAGUCAUACGCCGUCUCUCUGGGGUAGCCUAGUCAGUCAGUCGUCUCUGGCCAUUGUUAUCGCAGCCGUUCGUUCUAUUGCCGCCGUCUCUUUUUGCCUUUUUGUAAGCGUCAAGCUAAUGAAAACGCGUUGUUUGUUUGUUUUCUUAGCUUUUGAACUAACUACAGCAAAUUAUUGUCAUUAUCACCAUCAUCAUCAUCAUCGACAUCAACGUUGUUAGUGUUGUUAAAUCACAGCCUACAAACAACCAACCAAACAACAACAAACAUCGAGUUUGCGUGCGUGCGUUUGCGUGUUUAUUUAUUUGUUGUAGGCGAUUAAUUGCAAUUGUUGUCAAAUUGUUCGUUUGGCUCUGAUCGCAGCUAAAAAUAGCCCAAAAAAAAGCCGUGUAAGAAAGGAAAAUGAAAUAAAGUCUUAACAACUGUGAAUAAAAGAACCCUGCCGUCGCCUUUGCCCAACCCCCUGCUCUAAACGCUAAAGCAUUUCAAUAAACCAAGAGAGAAAAAAAGGAACCUCAAAAGACAACAUCGCAGAAAUUAUAUCGAAAAAAAGCACAGCGAAAACACGACAAAUAUCCCACAAGGCGAUUGAAAUCUUUUGAAAGAAACGAAAAAAAAGACAAGGAACAACAGCCACCAAGCACACCGAAACUAGAUGCCGCUAAAGCAAUUUUAAUACCAGCAAAGCAAUAUUAAGGAAUACUCGUACAGCCAUAGAAGCUCUCCACCCACCCGCCCCCCCGGAAAAAGAAGAAGCACAGCAAAAUUUCAUCACUUUUGCCAAUAAUACACUAAUUUAUUUGCCACAUUUAAGUUGUGAAUAUCAAGCUCAAAAAUAAAAAACCAACCAAGCCAUUAGAGAAAUAAAACAAAAAAAAAACAACCAAGAGCCAACCAAUAAGAAGAAGAAGAAGACCAAGCAUAUAACGCUUAAACCAACCAAAAAAAAAGUAAACGAUAAAUUUAAAAAUACUACAACGCUAUAAUUUUACUUCAUAACAACUUGCAAUAGAAAAAAAAGCAUUCAAAAAGGCCACGCUAACCGCAACCCGCUCUCUUAUACACAACCAUAAAAAAUCAUCCAGCCGCAGCUACAUUUUGCUAGCUGCCGCCCAUUGUAUAAAUUUUCCUGUUGACCCCCCGUUAAAUAGAAACUCUUUCAAAAUUCUGCCCAUAACAAAUUUCAAACUUCAACCACAGCCUAUGCACAAAAUGGCAGCACCCGCUGGAACAGCGCCGACGGCGCUGGAGGCACCGCUAUCUGCCCCGAAAUAUGGUACGCUGAUACCAAAUCGGAUUUUUGUUGGUGGAAUAAGUGGCGACACAACGGAAUCCGAUUUGUGUCGCGUCUUCUCCGCCUACGGCAAUGUCAAAUCAACGAAAAUCAUAGUGGAUCGUGCUGGUGUUAGUAAAGGCUAUGGUUUUGUAACCUUCGAAACGGAACAGGAGGCGCAAAGGCUGCAAACUGAUGGCGAAUGCGUUGUACUGAGGGAUCGUAAAUUGAAUAUAGCACCAGCCAUCAAAAAGCAGUCUAUUGUUGCCACAAAUGGUGCUGUUUAUUACACAACCACGCCUCCAGCCCCCAUUAGCAAUAUGCCCAUUGAUCAAUUUGCCGCCGCUGUUUAUCCGCCAGCUGCUGCUACUGCUGCUGGUAUGCCAACACUUUACCCACCUUCGAUGCAAUAUCAACCAUUCUAUCAAUACUACAGUGUGCCAAUGAAUGUACCCACCAUUUGGCCCCAAAAUUAUCAAGAUAAGUAAAAUAUCGAAAAUUGGAAACAACUGCAUCAACAAAUUUGUAAACACAAACUUUGAAUGAAAUGCAACUGAUUGGGAAGCAAUUAUUAAAGAAUUUAUUAUUAUUUUAGUUGUAAUUUAUAUUUCUCUUUCAGUUUAUUUUAAAUAAUUUCUAUAAGAUUUUCGUUUCUUCUACACUCAUUUGUGCUUUGUUAUUUAAUUUAUUCAAAACAAAACUGUAACAAUGUAUAAGGAAUUAAUUGAUGUUUCACCCUCAUCCUCCUCAGCCACCUAAGACACAUCUCAUAGCACAAUAGUCCACAACUGCUUGGAUAGCAAUCUUCUGCAGCCAUCCUUAAGAUAUCUUUACAUUUCACUUAAAGGUUAAGGCAAGGCAAGUCAAGGCAGUGUAGAACUUCAAGAUUUUCACAUUAGAUUUGCUUUGGCAACAAAACGUAAAUCAUACUUAAAUAAUUAAUUAUCAUUUGUAUAUCAUUUCAUUUACUUUGAGCUCAAUUCAACUCAAUUCAGCUCUACGCAUCUGUGUGUGCAGAAUCAUGGAGGAAAAAUCCACCCAUAAGUCCGAUGCUCACUCUUCCCAAGCAAAGCAAACAUUUGUUCAAUAAUUCAUUAUUAUCCUUUCAUCAAUUUGCUUUUCUAUGAAAUUCUUCACAACAGCAUGGACACAGCACGAACACCCAAAUCCUUGAGAUACCCCACAAAAGUGUGUGUGUGUGUGUGUGUGUGAGUGUGCUUAUAUACACCGACAUGAUUUGUAUCAUUGGUCGUAAAUUACAAGAAAGUGCGGCAAGAGAGAGAGAGAGAGAGAGAGUGAUUAGUCGUAACAGCUCUGGAGUGUGGGUGUGUGAGUGCUGGUUGAUGUGCGUGUACUUUGUUUGGCCAAAUAAAAUCUGUCCAGGGAAUUAGAGAAACCGCAACAAGUUCUCAAGAGAAAGCUUAUUAAAGGCUUCCAUUUCCGUUUUGCAACAACAGGCCAACUGAAAUUCCCAUCGAAUAGUAGCCGCCGUAAGCAUGCAAACAUAUAUGGCCAUGUCAAUGUGUGUGUUGGCGUUUGCGUUUGGUUGUUUGUAUAUGCUUCUUUAUUGCCAACUGAUUUAUGUAUUUGUUAGAUUACAACAUCCCAAUUUUUCUCAGCCAUCAUUCCCUUACAUUAUGGUCUUUCUGGAAUAACAUUGUGAUUGUAAUCUGUCACUAAUCACAUCACAUUGCCUAGAAAGUUUGGCAUUAACUCACUCACAUCCACAUCUAUGCACACAAAGACAUCAAUGAUUUCCUCAAGGCUAGAGUUGUGAGUUUACCCUGAAUUGAAUUUCUUUAAGGAUUUACUUGUCAAGCAUUAAUUAUUCUUAUGUUUUUUUUUAUACAUGUAAUUAAUCAUUAAAUUUCUAUCAUACUAUCAUACUUUCUAAUUUAAUCAUUGUAUGUAUAAAUGAAUAUUCCAUGAAAUAAAAACAAUUGUUAAGGCCUCAGCCUAGAAAAUGAA